CCCCCAAAAUUACCGAACCCCAAACGUCCAGUUCUCACUUCUCAGUCUCGCAGCAAAACCACCAAACCCAAUGUUCCAAAAUCUCUCCUCUCACUCUCUCCAACCCUCCUCCUUCUCAUUCACCCUUCAUUCCUCACAAUAUUACACCCACAGCCUCACCUUCACACAACCAUGUCUUCCACUACCCAAUCGUUCUCUUCGGUACAGACCCAUGACCCGAAUAUCUUGCGCUUCGACCCGACCCAAGAGAAACCCGGGUCCAAUGCCCGACAAGUCCGAGGCUGAAGAGCUGGUCCGAGUGAUGAUGAGGAAUAUGAAUGAGAAAGAGCCACUGUUGAAGACACUGAACAAGUACGUCAAAGUUGUGAGAACUGAGCACUGUUUUCUUCUUUUUGAACAGCUUGGCAAGAGUGACAAGUGGCUUCAAUGCCUUGAGGUGUUCAGAUGGAUGCAGAAACAACGAUGGUAUGUCGCUGAUAAUGGUGUUUAUUCAAAAUUAAUAUCGGUUAUGGGAAAGAAGGGCCAAACCCGGAUGGCCAUGUGGCUCUUCUCUGAGAUGCGUAAUAGCGGCUGCCGGGCUGACACUUCUGUAUAUAAUGCACUCAUCACAGCCCAUCUUCACUCACGAGAUAAAGCAAAGGCUUUGGACAAAGCUAUUGGGUACUUUGAAAAGAUGAAGGGAAUUGAGUGGUGUAAACCCAGCAUUGUGACAUACAACAUUCUUUUGAGAGCUUUUGCUCAAGCUCAAAAUGUAGAACGAGUUAAUGCUUUGUUUAAAGAUCUUGAUGAGAGCAUUAUUUCCCCUGAUAUCUAUACUUAUAAUGGUGUGAUGGAUGCAUAUGGGAAAAAUGGGAUGAUCAGAGAAAUGGAAUCUGUGCUUUCUCGCAUGAAAAGUAAUCAAUGUAAGCCCGAUAUUAUCACUUUUAAUUUGCUCAUUGAUUCAUAUGGAAAAAAGCAAGAAUUUAAUAAGAUGGAACAAGUGUUCAAGAGCUUAUUGCGCUCCAAGGAAAGACCAACACUGCCGACAUUUAAUUCAAUGAUAAUUAAUUAUGGGAAGGCACGACUUAGGGAGAAAGCAGAAUAUGUCUUCCAAAAGAUGAGGGAUAUGGGAUAUACCCCAAGCUUCAUCACCUGCGAGAGUCUUAUACUGAUGUAUGGAUUUUGUGACUGUGUUUCUAGGGCUAGGGAAAUAUUUGAUGGAAUGGUUCAAUCUGGGAAGGGAAUGAAAGUUUCAACCCUUAAUGUCAUGCUUGAUGUUUACUGUAUGAAUGGUUUGCCCAUGGAAGCCAAUAUGCUUUUUGAGAAUGCAAAAGGUAUAGGUGUAAUUCCAAAUUCAUCAACAUAUAAACUUCUUUAUAAGGCUUACACUAAAGCCAACACAAAGGAGCUUUUACAGAAAUUGCUGAAGAAUAUGGACAGGGAUGGCAUUGUCCCUAAUAAGAGGUUUUUCUUGGAGGCUUUGGGAGCUUUUGGGUCAUUACCAGCAAGUGCUGAGUCUAAAGUCACUCAUCAAGCUAAAAAUAGAGUUCCCUCACUACAAAGGGUGUCAGCUAGUACCACAGCUGAUGUCAGCAGAAAACAGGAUAGUGCAAAAACUUAGGUGGAAAAAAUUGCUAACUUGGUUUGUCUAUUCUUCUGGUUGUUCGUCAAUAAAUCUGAUUCAAAGAAAAGCUUGCAUGACAAAGGGAUGUUGGAAGGCAUAGCCACCAUAUUACUGAACUUCUGACUUAUGUGGUGACAGGAUUUUGUUGGUGAUAUCAAUUACCAGCCAACUGUGAAGGCAAAAUUACUGAAGAACUGCUUAGCUUGGGACACAUGCUUUUUUUGAUAGGACAAUUCUCAGCUGCCAUUGGAAGACCUAAACUUGCACAGAAAAGCUAAUUGUUGCUACUAUUUAUCAGAAAAAUGGGACAUCUCAAUUGAUUUUUUUGCUGUUAGUUCUUAAUUGAUGGUAACACUGCUAGGCUGCCAAGGUGCUGCUUCUAUGUAUUGUACAUUGUAACUAUGAUUCAUUAGAAUUUGUAUGUUGAAUUAUUCAAAUGAGUAUAUAUCCAGUUAAUGUCUUAUUGAAAUCUACAUAAAAAAUUUCCCCAAAUAAAAUUUUGAAUUUGUUUUA